AUGAAAAAGAUCAAUACGAGCGAAGGCUCCGAUCUUCGUUCAAUCGGAGAGAACGAUCCGCUCCAAGGCUCGGUGCGAAGUUGCCGAGACGCGGCCUUGCAGAUUGCCAACAUUGGAUGCACGCCGCACUUCAAAGAGGUAAUCGACACUUACGCAUUGUCUUUUGUUGCAUUGCACCUCUUCACUGCAGGUGUCACGCUCUCCAUCAUGACAGGACUGGACCCCCUAAGCCGGGAAGCCUACGAUUCCAAAAUGGGUCUUCGAAAGUUGAUGGAGAUGCAUUCUCAACUCAAGUCCAAGUCUGUCGUUGCUGAACAGGGGCUGAAUAUUCUAACGAAAUUGAUGAAGCUCGUCAUGACUAAAGAGAUGGAGAGAAUGCUUCACUUGGAUGUUCCCCCUCAGACGGAACUUGACCAAAACGGCAGAGACAUUGAAAUAAGUGGUAGCUCGGAUACAAUGGAAGUCACCGCCCGAAGCACCGAAACAAACCCUAUAGACCCAAGCAGCCACAUCGACCGGGCCGCGCUACAGCAAAGCACAACAGCAGCUGACAUGGACGAGGAUGCCGCAAUGAGCUUGAGCUUUAGCGAGGACCCAAUCAUAACACAAGCGCUCUCGGAGUUCGAGCAGAGUAAGAUAAAAUCCCCCAACCGUAUUUCUUAG